UUGUCUGAUAACUUACCUGUUUAUGGUCCGCAGAAAUAGCUGUGCAGAGUUUAAGACGCAGCAACACGACACCAGCCUCGUUGGUUGGUGCUUCUUGGCUGGAAUCUGCAUUCCAGGACAGAAACCUGAAGCAAAAGCGGAAGAGUGGUGCUUUUUUAUUAUGAUUAUUCAGCUUCAAGGGCACCAACGUUAACUGGGACUUCUCAGCAACUAGGAAUCUCCAGAAGUUGCUUGUGUAUGAAGAUUUGGAAACAUUUCUCUCUGCUUGGGAUUUUCCAGCUUUCUGAUCUUCUUGCCUUCCUUCCUUCGAGAAAUUUGCUCAAAGCAGCUUUUGACCACCAUGGGGAGCCUUUCAAGAAACUUUUGAGGAGUUUUUCUGCUGACGAUUUUUUGUUGAUUCUCGGGCCGGCAUGAGGAAGUAGCAAACUGCAAGUACCAGCUGUUCUGUUGAGAGAGAGAGAGAGAAUGAGAGAGAGAGAGAGAUCUGUCUUGUUAACUGCUAUUUCUAUUCAGUAAAAAGGCUGAGUGUAGCAGAAAAGAACAGCAAGCCUUAGGGCAACAGGCGGUGGUAGAGUUUGUACCAGAUUUGCGUUGGCAAAAAAAUAGGCCCAUUGUGUAAAUAAUAAGUUGUGACGCUGCUGGGAAGUUUUUAUGGCAUGCAACACGAUGCAAAAUCUUGCCGUUUCGCCUCUGUUCAGGCUGUAAAGUUUGGCUGGAAUGUGCCUUUCAGACCAUUGUUAGAAAAGAGCAGCAUGUGAUCUGGUGAAAAACUGCCUCUCUCUGUGGUGUUUUAAUGUAAUCGACUGAAUGAAAGAUGUUCCUUGGGAGUGAUCAUAUAGAAACAAACUGAUAUCUUCUGGGAAUAUAAUAAGUACUACUGUGAUUUGCCCAACAUGGAAGCAAAUCAGACUUCUGACCAUCAUGAGCCCUCCAAUCUAGAGGGGGCAAGCGAGCCUGAACCAGGCCCAACUCUCUACACAAAAUUUUCUAUGAAAGCCCUUUUUGGAUUUACGGCUAAACUGCAACCAGGCACUUCAAAAGAACAAGCUGUUUUGAAAGGAUUUCGAAAUGUCAAUGAUAUCAGUAGCCAUGCUGACAACCAGGAAGUGAGGAGCAGAAUCAAUGGAGAUGAUUAUCUAGAUGGAGAUCAUCAACUUUCAGAAAUAACACAGGCUGAAAGCCCAAGCGAUGCUCAUGAAAUUUCAGAAUCCAGUUCUUGCGACAUGUUUGCCCUGGAGGCUGAUGCCACUGCCCCAGUUGUCUCAGGAGUGGGUGCCUGGGUGCCAACUGACUUUGAUGCUGAUGCUGCCCUGGGUAACUUUGAGGUUGAUAUUAGCAAUCAUGUUGAUUAUGAAGUCUACGGCGGCACACCUGUUGACUUUGUAGACACUACCAUUGUCCCAGAUGACUAUGAGCCUGACACUUGCGGCCCAGAUGACUUGGAACUGCAGGAGCAGAAUGAUCCCUCUCUUUCCCAUUCAGAUUCUCUAUACUCUCUUUUGUCUGAAUUUGGCAAACAAAAUGACAAGGGUGCCAUUCUUAUUCAGGGUACUUUGGUUCAUUCAACAAGUGACACAGAAUCAGACAAUGAGCCUACAGAUCUUAACAGUGGCGAAAAUAUAGCAAACAGAUCUGUUUUAAAUAGUACUGUGUCUUUGGAGGAUAAUGACCAAAAUAAAGAGGAGCCAGAAACAGAAGGAUAUAGAGAAAUAGAUGGUACUAUAAAUGGAGAUGAAACAGAGCAGAUUCUACCAAGUUCUCAACUUCAUUCAACAGAAAUGGAUGAUACAGUACAUGAAAUUUGUUCAGAAACUGAAACUGCAGCACUGACCGAUGAGAACAAUACAGGCCUAUCUCUCACAGGAGAAGAUACUCGGGGGUUUGUAGAUGAGCAAGGACCUCUUGCAAGCAAUUCCAGCACUGCAUCCAUCCAAAAACCAUAUUUGAAUGAGAAGACCUUUCAGCUUCCUGCUUUUUUCAGUGGGUUACGUGUACGGAAGAAAGGAUUCUCUUCAGAUCAGGAGGAAACUGUCACUGAAAUCAAACAGAAAGACAGCGACUUGGCUAUGCUUAAAUUAAAACAGCCUGUUAAAAAGUCCAGUAUUGCACCUGAUCAGUUAACUAAGAGGAAACCAGCAGAGCCCAAAGCGGCCCCUACCUUUCUAGAACAGCUCUCUCAUCUCUUAGGGCCUAAAACUGAAGAAAAAGAUUCUGGUGAGGUGUCCAGUGAUUCUGGCAUUAGCGAGAAUGUCCAAGAAAGCAAAUCUUCAGUGAGAAAAGCAUCCUCCACCUCUGAAGAGGCAAAACCAAGUCCCGCUGAAUCUGCAUUGGAUGCAUUUAAAGCUUUAUUUACACGCCCUCCCAAAAAAGAGACAACUGCUGAUACUUCGGAGCUAGAAGCGAUAAAACGCAAAAUGAGACAUGAAAAAGAAUCACUGAAGGCAGUAUUUGAAAGGUCUAAAGGUGAUGGAGCAACUGACACAAAACCAACUGAUGCAGUACUUUCUGAUCAGGAUGACAAGACUCCCGGUAGACUGCAGACUGUCUGGCCACCACCCAAAGCAAAGGAUGAAGAAGAGAAAGUAGGAUUAAAAUACACAGAAGCAGAGUACCAUGCUGCUAUUUUGCACUUAAAGAAGGAGCACAAAAAUGAAGUUGAAAAACUGAAGUCCGAGUUUGAACUCAGGGUCUUUCAUAUUCGAGGAGAGCACGCGUCAUCCAUAGCAAAGCUUGAGGAAGUCAUUGCAAAUUUGGAAAAUGAACUGGAAAAUACAUUAUACAGGAGAAGCGAGGAAGCAAAGGAUGCCUGUGUAUCGACUGAAGAUGAUCACCCACCAAAGACAUACAGAACUGUAUGUAUACAAACCGACAGAGAAACUUUUAUAAAGCCAAGUGAAGAUGAAAGCCGGACAGUCAAAAAUAACCAAACAAUACCUAAAAAGCUGACUAUACCUUGUUUGAAUAAUAGUGUUUCACCCGCAUUGGACAAUAAUGAAGCAUGCAAUUAUGGCCAUGCCUCAGGGAGUGCUGUAUCUCAGAUGUUACCACCACCACCACCGCCACCACCACCUCUUCCUGGUUCAAUCCCUCCACCCCCAACAUUAUUACCAGGCAUGGGAUCACCCCAUCCUCCUCCUCCUCCACCUCCACUUCCUGCAGCUUUUGCAGGUCAGUUUCCACCACCUCCCCCACCAGGAUUUUCUCCAUCGGGAGCAGGUCCUCCUCCUCCUCCUCCUCCUCCACCACCACCACCUCCUGGAUCCAGUUUCCUUUUCAGCAGCACAUUGUCAUCAAGCCAAGGUCCUCGAAAGCCUGCCAUCGAACCUGCCUGUCCUAUGAAGCCACUUUAUUGGACCAGAAUACAAAUACAAGACAGCAGUCAAAACACAGCGCCAACUCUGUGGGAUUCUUUGGAAGAGCCUGACAUAUGUGAUGCCAGUGAAUUUGAAUACUUAUUCUCCAAAGAAACAGCUCAGGAAAAGAAAAAGCCAUUAGCAGAGUCUUAUGAAAAGAAAACAAAAGCCAAAAAGAUUAUCAAACUGUUGGAUGGAAAGAGAUCUCAAACUGUAGGGAUUUUGAUUUCCAGUUUACAUUUGGAGAUGAAGGACAUACAACAAGCUAUACUAAACGUGGAUCAUUCCAUCGUCGACUUAGAAACACUGGAAGCACUGUAUGAGAACAGAGCGCAGAAGGAUGAACUGGAGAAAAUAAAGCAGCAUUAUGACACUUCAAAAGAAGAAGAAGUGAAACUUCUCGAUAAACCAGAACAGUUUCUAUAUGAGUUAUCCCAGAUCUCCAAUUUUGCAGAACGUGCUCGAUGUAUAAUCUUUCAGUCUGUCUUCAAUGAAGGAAUAACUGCAGUGCACCGUAAAGUCGAUAUUAUUAACCGUGUUUCUAAGGAUUUGCUGGAUAUAAAAAGUGUGAAAGACAUUUUAGGAUUGAUCCUGGCUUUUGGAAAUUACAUGAAUGGAGGGAACAGGACGCGUGGUCAAGCAGAUGGGUUUGGUUUGGAAAUACUUCCCAAACUAAAGGAUGUUAAAAGUAGAGAUACUAAUAUCAGCCUUGUGGACUAUGUUGUGAUAUAUUACCUACGCCAUUGUGACAAGGAUGCAGGAACAGAAAAGAGUGUGUUUCCUCUACCAGAACCGCAGGAUUUCUUCCAAGCAUCGCAGGUUAAGUUUGAAGACCUAAUAAAAGACUUGAGAAAACUGAAGAGAGAUUUAGAAGUUUGUGAAAAACAGAUGAAAGUGGUUUUCAGAGAUUCACCAGAAGAACAUCUCCAGCCCUUUAAGGAUAAAAUGGAAGCUUUUUUCCUGGAAGCUGUAGAAGAACAUAAGACAGUGGAGAGCCAUUUGGAGAAUGUGCAGAAGUGCUUUGAAGAAUUGGUGGGAUACUUCGGGAUAAAACCAAAGUCUGGCGAGAAGGAGACCACGCCAAACUACGUUUUCACGGUGUGGUAUGAGUUCUGCAGCGACUUUAAGGCCAUUUGGAAACGAGAGAGCAAAAACAUUUCCAAAGAAAGACUCAAAGUGGCUCAACAAACAGUGAACAAGUUAACUGCAGAAAAGAAAGUGGAAACAAAGAAAAUCAACCCUACUGCCAGCCUGAAAGAAAGGCUACGUCAGAAGGAAGCCAGUGCGACCACCAACUGAAAGAAGACAUGAACAUAAUGGCAUUGUGACUUAAUACCUUGCAUGAUUUUGCCCAUUCCCUAGAGAGCACCUUAUUUUGGACGUUAGGAAGUUCUGCUUUGCUGUUCUCUUCCUCAGACAAUCCUCAAAAGACUUCUGAAUCCCUUGGCUUGGCUUGUGCAGAAGAGGGAACAAUAAGAAGUUUGUUUACAUGGGAAUUAUGAAGAGUUCUAUGUAACUCUUCCUUAUGUGGCUUAAAUGCAGUUCUUUUCUUAAAAGUUGUUUGAAGUACUCUAUGCAAAAUGCACUAAUGUAAAAGACAGCAAAAGCAGGGUUUUAGACAGUGAAUUAAAUAGCUUUUAUGCCAGCUCUGCAGGAUGGCUCAUGUGCUGGUAGACUGUAAUAUUUACUAAGUCAAUGUCUGUUUAAAAUGGUUUUGAUGGUAUCCAAAGGAUUAACUUUACCUUCUUGCAAAUGGUGGAAGUUAAGUGUAUCAGAUCUAUUCUGUAUUUUAUUACAAUUAUUUUUAUAGGAACCCCAAUCAAUGCCAUAGAAGUAGAAAUACUGUUUUUGCACAUGUGGAGAAAGAAAUCUCAUAUAUAUAUAUAUAUAUAUAUAUACUUGAAUAAGGCAUAGAUAAUAUAACUGCUACAUUCAUUAACGUUUGGUGUUUUGUUCAUACUAUCUUCUUCGUCUGAUGGCAAAAUGAAUACUUUCUGUAUCAACAUGAGGUGAAAUUAGCAAUAUUCAAUAAUGCUUUAUUUAUACAGGUAGUCGGUCUUCUAGCUGUAGAACACGCAUUUCCAUUAUUUAUCAUUAAUCUAUACCAAAGCCUAUAUUCUUUUAUAGCCAGCAUUUUGGUGAAGCUGAUUUUAGAACAUGUUUACAUUUUCCUGUACAUAUGUGCAUGUGUGUGAGAGAAAGAUCAUUUACAGACAUAUGUGCGCUCUUGAACAUACAUUAUUCUGCUCCAUAGACUUUGAAUAGAAAUAUCUCAUUGUUCUCCCAUUGAGGUACUGUAAGUGUCUCAUGUGAAGUGCCAUUUAGAAUCUCUGUCAGGUAUGUCAGGAUCCCUCCCCUCUAGGCUGUAGUUGAGAGAACUUGCAGAAUCACACCCUUAAAAUUAAAGAGCGGUCCUUGCAGUGGAAAAAUUAUGUAAAAUAAAAUGCUAUAUAUCAUAAAUACUUAAACACAGGCUAACAAAUGGUUGCCACAACAACUAAAGAGUGUACCAAGAAGGAGAUGAACAGAGGUUCUCCGUACUAGAGGACACUUGUAAUAAAGUAUAAGGGAAUCUGGUAAAUUAAAUUCAGAAAAGAGUGUGGAAGAAAGGGGGAAAUUGUCACCUACAGGACAAAUGCAGGAGAACCAUAUUUAGUAAUAGGCCUAGGCAAAGUGCCACAAUUGAAUCAAUCAUUUAUCUUAAAAAAUAACUUUUAAUUUCUUAUUAUAAGAAGUUAAUGUAGCUGUACGAACAACCUAUUUGAAAGAUUUAAUAUGAAACAUGCUAUUUUUCUUACACAAUUCAAGGGCAAGAUUCUCAGACAGCACAUAUUAUGUCUCCCAUUGGUAUCCAAAUGUCAUUGAAAUUUAGUAUCCUAAAUAUUGAGACAUUAGAAAGCAGUUAAUGAACUUAUCUUUUCCCUGUUAAUGAACUUAUCUUUUCCCUCUUAAUGUAAACAUCUAUCAUAUAUAGCCCUACAAUUUCCUAUGCUGAAGGAAACAUAAUUCUAAAAAAUUGAAAGUGUUUGUAUAGGAACAGGAAAAUUACAGCACCUUUAGAAAUACAGACCAAAGUAGUAAUACAGUCUAGAGAAGCCAAAGAGUAGGGCAACAGUAGUCAGACAAUGAUGAUCAGACUCUUACAAAAUCCUGUGGAGGUUUAGUGACAUGCUUCUCAUCAAAUAUGUGUGUGUGUGUUAUAAUGCAAGUAUGCAGUUGAAAUGUAAGGGCAUUUUGAUGUAACCCACAAUUUAAAACUUAGCAGCAGCCACACGACAAUUAGUUCAACUGACAUUGAUCUUAACUGAUGUAUUCUUUCACAAGCAGUGUAAUGUCAAUACUCACAAGAGACUUGAGAUUUUUACUAUACAUUUACACCCAUGUCCGGGCAACCCAUGUGUGCUGUGUGAUGUCUCUUACUCGUUUCAGUGGAGCCAAGCAGCAUCCACACACAAAAAUGUGCAUCUGGCUUCUUAUUCUCCAUUUGUUGGGCUCCAAGUCCUAUUAGCCCAAGUGGGCAUUAAUGUGAAUGAGAAAGAAAUUCCAAGUGGAAGUGCUCAGUGUUGGCUUUAAAACUGGGCUAUUGUAGGUGAUUUUGGAGACUUAUAUUCCCCCCUCAUCAUCUUAGCUUUCCAUCUGCCAUUGAUAGAAUCCCCUGGAUCUUAAACUGCUUAGAACUUAAGCUUCGCUGGACAAUUCACUAGGAAUCAGUUUAUCUGAUUUCUGCCCUGUUGCAUCGGGAAUUUACUGCUUCUUCGCUGUUGCUGUUUUCCCUCUCUUCUUUAGAGCAGCCUUGUAAAUAUUUGAAACGUGUUCUGAGUUGAACCACCAUUUUCUGAGUUAGAUCAUCAUUUUUUCUUACCAAACUGGUCCUGUGGCUCAGCUUAUGAUGGUUAGCAGUGAAAUGUUAUUGUCAACGGGGAGACAAGUAUUUGCCUGUGCCCCUCUUAUUAUUCCAUUUAUAUCCCACCUUUCCUCCAAGGAGUUCAAGGUGGUGUACUGUAUAUGACUCUCCUCCUCAUUUCAUCCUCAAAGCAACCCUGUGAGGUUGGUUAGACUGCGAAAUAGUGACUGCCCCCAAGUCACCCACUAAACUUCAAGGCUGAGUAAGGGAUUUGAGCUUAGGUCUCCCUGGCCCUAGUCCAGCUCUCUCUAUGCCAUACUAGUUCUUUGAUGAGAACAGCUGCAUUCCUUUCUUACUAUAAACUCUGGAUCGUACAGAGGCAGAAAAACCUCGACCUCUUCAUGCCUUCAGCUAAGGGGUGUAAACCUAUUUGAAUGGGGCAGCUGUGCUACACAAAGGCUAGGAAAACACUUGUGCCAUUCUACAGUGUCCGGCUGGAGUUUUGCAUUUGUAAUAAGAGCAGCAUAUGGUUAUAGUAUGUGUUAACUAUAAGGAAUUGCCUCAGGUUUUCCUUUCAAAUCUUUCCUCGUCACUGUUGCUCUCAUCUCUAUCUGAAUCUUCUCUGCUUUUCUUAAUACGUGAUGAUUACAGCGGGAUGAAGUUAAAAGCCCCAAAUGGUACCCAGUGAAAAUGCCAGUUUUGCUUGUGCUAAGGAAGUCCUUAGCCUUGAUUGUUUUUAAAUCUUGCUUACCAAUACAGCAUGCAAAAUUGUAAUCUCUUGCUGGAAACCCAGCACAUUUCCUCCCAUUUUGAGAAACACUGCUGUAGUCAUUGCUACGGAUUGUGGGGCGAGUGGGUGGGUGUCAGGGGACCCGUAAUGUGACUCUCAGCUUCUUUGGACUUGAGCAGUCUAAGAUAGUCUUCUUGUGGCAUCCAAUUCUAGACUGAAUGUGGGAACCAUCAGUGGGAAAUUGCACAUCUCUGGGCCAGAGCUGUAUGGAAUGUACAUUAAUACAUUUCCACUGUGUUGCUGUUAGCAGAACUCCUUUUACAGUAUUGUUAUAACAGUCAACCCUCUUGUUUGGCGAGUUCUGAUAGUACUGUUUAGUCUGAGAAGAAUCUUUUGUCCUAAGCCCAUUAGCAUCUCACAGUUAUUCAGAGCCCAUUUCUGGAUUGUUUUGUUUAUUUAAAGUUUACUUACAGUAGCACUGGAAAUGGAUCCAAGUGGAACGUAAACAACUGUUCCCAACUCAUGCCCUGCGUUUUUGUUUCCUUAAUACUUAACUAUCCUGCUACAAACUAGAAGAAAAUAAUCUUUGUAUUCUACUCCCUGAUACAAAAUUGAUAAAGAUAUUUAAAAUGCUAUGACACCUUGAAAUUCAGGGCCUUUCCCACAGUAAACUAGUGUGUUGAGAAUGUGAGCUAAGUGGGAAUAUGCAGAGUUCAGAGCAUGGUGAAAACAGUUAUUUGAUCACUUUCACUGUUGUUGUUUAGUCGUUUAGUCGUGUCCGACUCUUCGUGAGCCCAUGGACCAUAGCACGCCAGGCACUCCUGUCUUGCACUGCCUCCCGUAGUUUGGUUAAACUCAUGUUCGUAGCUUCGAGAACCCUGUCCAACCAUCUUGUCCUCUGUCGUCCCCUUCUCCUAGUGCCCUCAAUCUUUCCCAACAUCAGGGUCUUUUCCAAUGAUUCUUCUCUUCUCAUGAGGUGGCCAAAGUAUUGGAGCCUCAGCUUCACGAUCUGUCCUUCCAGGGAGCACUCAGGGCUGAUUUCCUUAAGAAUGGAUAGGUUUGAUCUUCUUGCAGUCCAUGGGACUCUCAAGAGUCUCCUCCAGCACCACAAUUCAAAAGCAUCAAUUCUUCGGCGAUCAGCCUUCUUUAUGGUCCAGCUCUCACUUCCAUACAUCACUACUGGGAAAACCAUAGCUUUAACUAUGUGUGUGUGUGUGAUCACUUUCACUACUCAGUCAUAUAAUAGUUUCAUCCACAUUCACCACAUCACUGCUCAAUCUGUUUUUGGAAGCUAUAUGAAAGAUGUGGUGACUGAGUUGAACUGCAUGCUGGGUAUGUGGUGAGGCACUCAUACAGCCAUUUUAAAGUGUGCCAAGCUACAUGGAUGCACUGAACCAGCAUAAUAUUCAGUGAUGUGAAUUUUAUUUAGCUGGUGUGUUAUGUCAUCAAGUGGCUGCCAGAAUAAUGUUUUUUCUUCUGCCUAACACAAAUUGGCACAACUGUUGUUUUGGAAAACGAGGCAGUUUAUAUUGUUGGAAGAUCAUGCAAACUUUCAGCUCACACAAAACCCCUUAAUCAAGUAGAGUAGAAAUAUACCCGAUUCAGAACUCAUGCAAUGUGUAAGAAUAUUUGCAAAGAAGAAUACCUUGACUCAGUGCUUUUUUUCUUUAAAAAAUGUUUAGGGGUACCCUCAUUUUCCUACUCAUAUUGAAAUUCUGCCCCUCAAUGAGGCCAAACUUAGAUUCACAAAAUGUUUGCCCCUGCAUCCCCCCAGAAAAAAGCACUGCCUUGAAGGUGCCCUUGAUUAUUAUUUUAAGGUUAUGCCACUUGUACCUACCAUACGGACAGCACUGUGUAACUGUUAAGUAGAAGCAAGAGAAUAUUCUAAUGGAUUAUGAAAAAGCUGCCUUUCCAUUCUGAUUCAUAAAGACUUAAUAAUAAAUUAUAAUAUGUAUUAUUUCUACUGAGCUGAACAAUGAAGUAUUACAGAGUUAGCUUGAAAACAUGAACUCUUUGACGAACAGGUUUAGUAAGUGGCUACAUCCAACAUUUUUUUAUCCCAAAGCGAUUUGCCAUACCACAAGAACCUACUCUUUUGCUAUAAGCGCAUCUCUCUCCUGUUUCCAUAAUAGAGUUCCUUUUCACUGUUAUUUUUCAUGGUUGUCUUCAGUUUUUGUCUCUUGCUACAUUUGGAAAUUUAAUCUCAUCAUUGAGGGUUGCUUUCUUAUGAAAGCUGUAAACACUUUCCCUCUUUAUUCUAAAAAAAAUCACUAGAAUCACUGUUUGGUCAUAUAACACUUUUGUUUUUUCAGACAUUGAAACCUUCCAAAGAAUAUGUAAUAUAAAUUUUAUUUCAGUAUUUUCCCAUUUGAUGGGUACUUACAAUCCCUUCAUAAAAUAGUUACCCAUCUUCAAUUUCUUGCUAGGCAAGAAAGCAGAAAUAAUUGUUUCUGUUGGCCUGGCUGCUCUGGUUUUCCCAUUCAGAAGUCCUCUGUUGGGCCUCUAAGUAGUGCUGGAAUCUUCUAGUGUGUUGAGAAUAAUGUUGGCAUUCAUUCUGAGUAAGACAAACUUGAACUGUCUAGGAUGGGAAUAGUCUCCCACGCAGAACACAGAACUAAAAUCAGAGAAAUAGUUCCACAUAAAUUCAUGCUGUUUCCCAAAGGCUUCACGAUGCUGCAUUAAAGAGCUUUAUAGGUUUAAGGUUUCAUAUGAAGCAGAUCAAGCUAGGUUUUCAUAUGAGUGGUAUUUUUAAUUCACACGUCUUAAGUCUUCAAACUUCCUACUCUCCAAACAGUUCUUUAUGCAAGAAAAAUGUCUUAACAACCACUUCAGUUUUUUAGUUUAGAAAAAAAAAUGCAAAUAACUCCAAACCACAAUGCUAAACCAGCUAGAGAAGAGAAUGCCAAAUAUGCAAAGUUAUUUCACAAUGUAGAAAGACAUUACCUUUUCCCUCUUCAGUUACUACCACAUAUGAGAUCAUAAGCAAUUACAUGCCUUCUCUUUUUUGCAGAGAUACCUGAUUAAAUUUCUUUCAUACCACUGUCAUCUUAGACGCUUCAUAAGAAACAGAGAACAUGGUAUCUGAAGUUUGUUGUCAGAGGAUCCGGUUUUGCAUAAUGUCUACGCAUCUUACUUCGGUAAACAGCUUCACUAGCUUAUAAGCCUUGGGCAGGUUUUCGCAGGCAGUGUAUCAAAUAUGACUGGCAGCACAAUCAUGUAGACGUUGACUCACAAUUUGGGGAGAUGGGGCCACACCAUAGUAUUGUAUUAAUUAAUUAAUUAGCUUUUCUUACAUGUAUAUCUCAUUGUUCUUCCCAUCAUGGAAUCUAAGACAGUGUACUUUGACUAGACCCAGUACUGCCUAACUUCAGAAGAGUGGUGGUCUUGCGUGCCUUCAGACUAUACACUGGUACUGAUGUGUGUUUCAGUUCGUGACCUCACUAAUUUCCCAUAUAGAAGAAAAUGAAAAUACCUCUUUGGUGAGGAGGAUAGUUAUAUCUGUUCCUAAAGAUGAUGGUCUAGACUAGUGAAGUCUACUAACUGCACUCUGCUAAUAGACUUUUAGUGUUGUUGUUGUUUUUAAUGUUAGCUUUCUUGAAGUGAUAGGAAAUGCAAAAUAUCCAUUUGUUGUGUCACAAGAAUUGAAAGUCCAUCUUAUUUCAGCAGGAGAAACCACAUGUUUUAAUCUCCCCCAUUUAAAUCACUCGAACUUAAGCACAUUUGAUGAUGAAUGUUGUUGUUGCCGGAUUGUGCCCAAUAAUUGUACCUUCUGAACGAGUAAAAACUUCAGUUAAAUUUAGGACUUGAAAGUAGCCUUUUGUAUUAUACUGCUAUAUGGACACAACAAAGUUCAAUAUCUGGAAAGUCUGGUUUAUGGGAAGCCCUCUAUCUGUGUUCAAUGUUUAGUUUAAGCCUCCUUGGUCUCCAGACCAUGUCACUGAUCCAGGGACAAUACAAGGUUGUCCACCACCUUCUGCAACACUUUUGGUUCCUUCUGCAAAUAACUCUCAAUAAGAUAACACUUUGAGGAACUAUGUGUGUUUACCUCCAGUUUUGGAUGUGAUAAUUGGUACCAGCAGGGGGUUUUUAAAAACAAAACAAAACACAAACUAUAGCUGGUCUGUGUGCAGACUGCUCUUUCCGGAUCAGGGUAAGACAUCCUCCCGCCAUCUCUACUUGACUCUUCCAGUCCUAAAGCAUCUCUGACGGUGAUCUUUUCUUAUCAAGCUCUAGCACCGUCACCUUUCCCAAGGCUUCCUGCUCCCUCAAAUGAUUUUGUCUUUUUUUCCCUUGAUGCCCUGUAUGCCUAUAACUCCCUCCUAGAAUGCCUGUGUGAUUUCAAUGUCUUGUGCUUCCUUCCAAUCCGUUCUCAAAAUCUGUAUUUUCCAUGAAGCCUUUCACCUAACCUCCUCGUUCUCAUACUCUAGUACAGGCAUCCCCAAACUUUGGCCCUCCAAAUGUUUUGGACUACAAUUCCCAUCAUCCCUGACCACUGGUCCUGUUAGCUAGGGAUCAUGGGAGUUGUAGGCCAAAACAUCUGGAGGGCCGCAGUUUGGGGGUGCCUGCUCUAGUAUGACCAAGCCAAGUGUGUAUAACUGUUGAUCCCUGCCUUCAUUUCUCUUCCUUUCCUCUGUUGUGUUGAUUUUUAGAUUGUAAGCCACUCAGGGUGGGGAUCUGUCAUCAUUUGAAAAGUGCCAUGUACGUAGAUGGCCCUAGAUAAACAAAUAAAUAGAAUUUUGAAGUCGUCUUAGUCCCUCUUCCAUUUCUAACCAUUCUGACAAGAACUUAAGUGUAUUCCUUUGUGGGUCAAAAUAGUCCACAUUAUCAGUGCAGUCACUGAAAAGGCCCUAUCUCUUGUCAUCAUCUAUAUCUCCACCCAUGGCAGGACACAAAGAAGGGCCUCUCAUAUUUCAGUGACGCAUCUCACUUGUAGUUGAACGCUUGAGGUUUUAGUGUCAAUCAUGGGUAAAAUGUUUUUAGAAUAUAUCACGAAAGCUUUUAUCAGGUCUUUUUGCAAUUUGGUAGUAAUUCGUUAGUGAAUGCAAAUGGAUUUUUUUCCUCAAUGAAAGUUAGAUCAAGAUGUUCAGCUGCAUUACAUCACCUCCUUGUUUGGUAUGCAAUAAAAAACAUUCCUCUGUGCUUGAAUAAAUAAACAUCAUAAACAACUCUUCCCAAUUUGCAUGUUAUAGAAACCACAGAGACUGUAGGAAGGUCAGGAAAACAUAGAUAUUUCCAACCGGCCAGUCAACAAAUAUUAUUAAGCAUGCAGCUGAUCUCAUAGGGCAUGGGUUAAAAAGGAAGUUCAUUCUGAAACUGAGGGUGAAAGCUAGUGUGUCUCCCCUAUGACCCAGUUCCAUGAGUCAAUAUGCUGACAAAGGAGCACAUAGGACUUGGGUAUGAGAAUCCCAUGAGAACGCAAGGGUUUGACCCUAGCCCCACUGCCAGCACAGUAACAAGCACUGGUGCUAUUCUACCAGCAGCAAACCCCUGCCGUUGUCUUGGCACAACUGUACUGCCUUGGCACUGCAUUUAAUGCAGCUUGGGAAAGGUUUACCCCAAUCCACUUCUGCACUACAAGCGGUCCAGGAGUCAAAAGUCACAAUAUUUCUUAUAACAAAGGCAGAACGGGGCCAAGUGCUGGAUUUCUCACAUUAGCCAUGGCGGGGCAGCUAAAACACAGGCAGAGGAGUGCCUAGGAGUUGGCAAAGCCAGCUCCACUGGGAGCACAGGUCUGAGGGAAGGGCCACAAAAAUCAGCCCAGAAAUCAGUCUCCAGUUAUCUGUGUAAUGUCAUGAGUUUAGACAAGAGCUGGAAGCUGAGCAGUAGCAGAAAUGGCAAGACGGCAUGAAGGUAGACCGCUGGAGACUAUGGAGUGAAUGACUUACAUGUGUAUGGUUAUGUGCCACCACUGUUGUGACAAGAUCAAAUGUGGGAGAAGUGAUUGGGGGGGGGUGCUGGUACAGGUCCUUGCCAAGGGCACAAGGAACCCCAACAGGAGAAGUGGGAUUUCUUUUUUGGGGGGUGGGGAAACACAUCAAUAAAGCUCCUUGCUAAGGUUGCAAGGGAGCUUAGGUACACCUAGAGUGACAUUGAGCACUGGUUUGAACAUGCAUAUGCAUUACUGGGCAGCUGUAGCAUCAACUGGGGACUUGGUUUAUAUCUGAAUGUGCAUUUGCAUUAGAAAUCACAGGUGGAUUGGGGAGGAGUGGCCAGACAGAAAAGGGUUAAGCAGCCUCUUCCUUGGCAUUUCCCAUCACCAACACCAAACUCACAGGCUCCUGGAACUGCCUUGGUAGAGGGAGAAAAGUGGGAGAGUUGCAUUCAAUUGUGUGCCAUGUCUAGGUUGGGCCUGAGUUGGUUAAUCGAACACAGCUUUGAAAGAUUUGAAGUUCAAAUCAAUGCCAUUCCGUAAAGCUUCAUUCCAUGGGAACCAGUCUUCUGGGGCCUGUUCCUGAGAUUUCAGAGGCAAGUCAGCAAUCCUUGUGUAAUGAUGCAAUCCAGACUAUUGCAUAAAGGCAGGCACUUGUGUGAUAUGAAAUAAAUUCCUGAGCUUGCAGCAACAUCUGAGACUUGACAUUGCUGUUGAUAUAAAGAUUUUCAGUGCAUAUAAAGAAACUGAAAUGCCCGAAUGUCUAGUCCUCUAAAUACAGCAGGGGGUGUGUAGUAGUUAAGAGCAUGGCAAUAACUUAGUGGUUCAAAUUUCGUCCUAAUCAGGGCUUCUUUUUCAACCAGAACUUGCUGGAACCUCUCAGAUGGGCACCAUUGCCAUUAUAAGAGAACAAGGGGGACAUUCAUCGUGGGUUCUGGCACCUCAUUUUCUAGAAAAAAUAGCACUGGUCUUAAUCAUAAAUUUACUGGGAAGUCUUAGGUUACCUGGAGUCUCGUGGUCCUAGCCUCUCUGCACCUUAUCGCCCACUCUGGUUCCUUCCAACUCUACAAUUCCAUGAUUCUAUGAUUCUGCCAUCUAGGGUGAUGAUGAUAAUACUGGCCCAACCUAGCAAGGCUGUUGCAGUGAUUAAAUAGGUACGAUUUAUUAGCUGUUUUGAGGCACUGGAGGGGGCACUUAGUAUAAAGAUACUAAGGAUUAAUAUUGUUAAAGAAACAGUAGUAUGUAUAAAAUACAUAUAAGACCAAUGAGAAGGUGUGGGGUGGGGUGGAAAUGGGAACUCUCCCUGGAAGUGACACUAAUAACAUAAGCUGCAUUGCCAGACAUGAUGCUGAGGAAAUGCUUGUUGCAUGGAUAUGGGGGGGAUAUAGGGGGGGGAUGCAGAAUAGCAGUGCUUUUCUUCCUUUCAGGGAAGUUUCCAGUUGUUAAAAAGAAGCUGAUUGGAUUAAGCUAAUUUUUUCUUUACAAUUAUGUACCAUAUGUUCCCGUUGAGUAUUUAAAAAUCAAAUUUUACUGGAAAUUUCAAGAUAAGUUGAAUUUGUAAAAAUGCUUUUAUUUUUCAAAGAAAGAGAUAUGGGACCAUUGCAUGUAAAUAAUAUAAUAUAUUUUCCAUAUUAUUGCUCUGUAUUUUUAUAUGCUGAAUCUCUAGCUUCAGACUAUGUUUUACUAACCCUGAUGCAGUGGAAACUAUUUAUUUAUUUAAAAACAAGAAUGAUGUAUUUUGACUCCACGGAGAUAUAGAUAUAGAUAUAUAUUACAAUAUAAACAUUUGCAGGUGUUUCAUUAAUGGCUGAUCUACUUUUCAUUUGUUCCAAACCUGUUUGUUGUUACACACUUUUUGAUCCUGUCCGCCAUAGCUUUAUAACCACCAAAAGAUCACCUGAUCAACAGAAUACUUUUUGAAACAUGUUAUUCUAAUUCCUGUUCUACCACUUCAUACAUUAAAAAUCAAAUAGGAAUUUUAAAGUGUGUUGGUUUUGUUGUCUGCAACUGUUUUAAGUUUCAUGUAACCCUUGAGGGUAAGUGAUUGGGUCAUGUAUGACUGUGAUCGGAAGAAAAGCCAUAAGCAGGGAGGACCAUCCCUUUCAUUUCUGGCUCCCCCCUUCUCUCGCUUUCUCCUUGUCUCCCACUUUCCUCCACCCAUUGAGCUGCUGAAGAGACACAGGUCACUUUUGCUAGAUGUUUUAAAUAAUCACCAGCAGAGGACUUUGGGGAAACAAAACCUAAGGGCCAUAUGUAGCCUCAAAGCCACAGGUUGCCUAUCUGUGGCUAAUGAGAACUGGUACCUAUAAUGGUAAAAAAAAGAAACCUGUUUUACCUGACUUGCAUCUUCCUUUCUAAGGAAAAUAUACCACUAGAAGCCUCAUACCCAGUGUUGCUCAGGAAUUCCAGGAAACCAAAAAGUCACUGCCGUUUUGAAAGGGUCAGCCUGCCAUCUUGAUUCGAAAUGGCAUCCAAUUAUAGCCAAAUAUAAGUUGAAACCUGCUUCUUCAUCUCAGGAACCAAUUUGGUUAUAGUUUUUGUAAGGGGGGGGGGGUCCAAACGCAUGGCGACAAGUUUCUGAGCAAGUUUCCAAAAUCUAUUGUAGAUUAAAAAUGAAAACAUCAUUACUUGUUUUUCAAAUUGCCUUGAACUGUGGUGGCAUGAAUGAGGCUACAUGGAAGAACAUAAGUGUGCUUUGAUUAGCCUUCCCCCCCUCCCGAAAACAAAACUUGUUCCUUUUGUUUUAGAGUAGUGUUUCCCUUGCUUCAUAUUUCUGCCUCCCAAUUUUUAUUUUUAUUUUCAUUUAUUUCAAAUCCGUUCUAAAUUGCUUAACAAUUUAAAAAUCUCUAAAUGGUGUACUCUGUGUACUAUACAAAACAAUAUCCAUUAAAACAGAGCCUAAAAUCAAUUUUUAAAAAUACAAAAAUAUGAAAGCAAAUAAAACUCAGGAGGAAUUCAUGCACAGAUAUCGGGCUCCAAUCGGUGAGUCAAGGAAAGCCUUGGCAAAAAAAGGUAAGUCUUUAUAAGAAGUCUGAAUCUUCCCCCAUGGCAGAAAGACAGAACAGGGCAGUCUUCUUGUGACCAUCUUGGUUGUGAGUCCUGGAAGACCUGUGUCUUGCAUGCUUUUUGACACCUGGCCUAGGAGAGGAGGGCCCUGACUGACUCCAACUACAACAGCUGAGGCUGCUGCAGCGGCCAGAGAACAUUUUGGCUAUCUCUUAGUGUAAACCCAAGUUAUCAACCCUGAACUUCCACAGCUGCCGCCCAUCAUGAACCACCAUGGGCACGAGUGGCAGCAACAGCAGCAGAUACAUUCUAUGCUUAUGAUAAUAUUUUAAUCUCUUGCUAAUUGUGCUGUUUUAGAUGUGUAUUUUAUAUUUGACUUCCUUUAGUAAUGUGUUCUUUUGAAAUGUUUAAGUUUUUUAAACUUUGCUGCAUUAGAUGUGCAAUGCAUCCUGUAGUUUAUUUCCAUUGUAAUUUUUUGUUUUGAAAUCUUUAAGAUAAUAUUUUAGUUUCCUAUUAAUUCAAUUGAAUGUACACUUUAUAUCUGACUUUCUUCAGUAACAUUUUAUUCUGGAUUGUUUUAUUUAACAUUUUAAUUGUUGUAAACCACUCUGAACUUUUUUCAUU